AUGAUUAUCAUUAUUUCCCACAGUUUAGCCGGCCUACUCUGCUUCAUCAUUGCCUGCUUGCCACCUAAAGUAUUGGCCAACUAUAAGGUAAUCGCUAGCUUUGCUGGCCUUUUUGGUGCCUUUACCGCACCUCUUCUGGCACUCAUCUCUCAUUCUCUCAUUGAAUGCGUUGGAUUGAACGAUUUUGCAGACGCUCUUGCCAUCUCCAUGUUCUCCAACGGGCUAAGCAUGUGCAUUGGCGGCCCUUUCUCAGGUACACAAUUGGCCAUUGCUUGGGAACAUUUAAGAGCAUACCUGUGA